ACUGCUUUACUUUUAUUCGCCGGUUUCAGUUGGAGACAGAGUUUGUUUAGAGUCGCGUGUAAGGGCUGUGACUACAACUGGGCUGGCGAGGUCAUCAGUUUACUAAAUAUGAGCUCACCUGUGACACACUCCCUGCAUACUGCUAGCGUGAGUUUUUUCUAUGCUUUCUUUGUGGCGCAUGGUUCGUACAAUCUUGAAAAGGUCUUGAAUUUUACUAGUCGUCGUGAAAAGUCCUUGGAAUCAGUUGAGGUCCUUGAAAAGUACUUGAUUUCUUUAUUAGGUCUUGGGACGUCCUUGAAAUUCACUACCUUGACUACGCCAAGGAAAAUUUGGCUCAUUCUCUGUGUAAGAACCUCUAAAACUUACGAGUGACGUGUGCAUGAACAAUAUUUCAUUUCUGUUUCUUUGUUCCAAAUGGUAUUCUGUACCUCAGAUGCAAUUGUAAGUCAUACCCAGUCAUUUUGCAAAGUGUUGUUGUGGAAAAGAGUAUAAAAUAAUGUGAUCAACGAUGGCCGAAGAAGUAAAAAUCGUAAAUGACUCAAUGACGUGUUUUAGCCAACUGUGUGAUCAAAAGGGGGUUAAAGAAUGCCGAUUUAUUACAUGAAUCUUAGUCCUUGAAAACUGUAAUUUGUCCUUGAAAAAUCCGCGAAAAGUCCUUGAAAUCUGUUUGUCUGAAGUUGCACGAACCUUGGUGGUGAUCAUCGUGUUUUUCAAAAGGUGGAUAGCGGUCUGCACUUAAUAAAUCACUCUCUAACAGAUCAGAGUUACAUGAAAGGAUCGCGCUAUCCAUUGGAUGGCAUUUACCUCAUCCGAGGGAUAGCGUUACCCACCUAUUAAACAACCAGAGGCGUUCCUUCUCCAAGUUAGUGUUAGAAAUUUGCUUUAUUAGCCUCCGAAAACAGCCGACAUUUCGCGAUGCCAUCACUGGUUGCCCGCGAAAUGACGUCUGAGAAACGAGCGCAGAAAUUCCAUACUGACGACUCGUCACUACCCAGAUCUGGGUAGUACUUAUGAUUGGCUGGAUCAAAACCGCCGCCCGGUUAGGUCAAUGGGAUAAGCGGCGGUCGGCUGAGCGAGAGGUCGCGGGUUCAAACCCCGGCCGGACCAACACUCAGGGUCUUUAUAUAACUGAGGAGAAAGUGCUGCCUUUGUAAUAACAUCUGCAAACGGUUAGACUUUCUAAAAACAUGGACAAAAGUCCUGGGACACUUUUGCGUUUCUGGGGCGUUUUCCAAUUCACACAGGUCCAACCCCUCCCCUCACCCCACAAACAACGUUGGACGCGUGUAUGCGGAAUUUUUCCCCGAGUUUCAACUUUGUAUAGGGUGGGGGGAGGGAGAAGUGCAAGAAAAUUUCGAAAAUGAUGCACUGUUUUAAGAGGGAACGGUGAAAUGACAGAGAAAUAUGCAUAUUGUUGUGAAGUAUUUUGAAGGUUAUGUUAAGUUUAUUUCGUGUUUGUGCUUGACGUUUCACUCGUGACUAGAGUCUUGUUAUGAUCAGUUUAUAGAUCAAGGUUAAUCAGUAUAUGUGUUAACAGGUUUUUGAGUGUUAUUAUCUUUUUAAUGGGUUUGUCGACCGAAGUGUCAUCAAGCUUGGGGUUUAAUUAAGUUUGAUUGUCAGUUUUUAAGUGGGUACGUUUUGGGAACAUUACUGACCUUGAUUGUUACCUUCGUCAGAGUUCCUGUAUUGGUUUAAGGUAGAGUCUCGUGGGUUUAGCUGUCACGCUUUCAUUAAUUUUCUUAUGGGUUUGUUUAUUCCACUUUGGUUAUCAACAGGAAAUUCGUUUAAGUCACUCGGAAAAGCGUUUGUAUUUCUCAUGGUCAGCAAGCCUAAACGUACCUACGUUUUACUGAUAUAAGUUGCCAGUGUUUAGCACAAGUAGGAGAGAGUAGUUGAGAUUAGUUACAGUUAGUUGUCUAGCAGAAUUCGUUAAGUGAUGCUGUAAACAAGACAUAUGAGCUGCUGUAAAGAUUAAAGAACAACAAGAUGUAAACUCAGAUACCUGGUACCUCUACGCUCAGCGAGCGAGUUGCUCGUAAACCCCUACAAUAUUGCAGUAGUGUCCCAAGGACUUUUGUCCAGGAUUGUAGUCUUCUCGGAUAAGGACGAUAAACCGUAGGCCCUGUCUCACAAGCCCUUGCACAUGUAAUAAAUCUGUGGGACGUUAAAGAACCCACACACUCUUCGUAAAGAGUAGGGCACGUAGUGCCCGGUGUAGUGGCCUAUCUCACUUUCACACUCAUGUAUGGGGGCAUCAUUACUCAUUCCUUCAUUACUUGUAAAAUGCACCUAAGCAGUCUGGCAAAGUCCCUCAACCAGUGUUGUAAAUUAUCCCUGAAAAGCCCGAGGGGAGUGGAUAAUAAGAUAUUUACAAUUACAAUUUACAAAUUUCCCUUUCGGCACGACUAACCAGAAGCACUACACAGAUCUGGGCAGUGAUGCGUCAUCAGUUUGGAAUUUCUGCGCUCGUUUCUCAUACGUCAUUUCGCGGGGAAACCAGUGAGGCGUCGCGAAAGGUUAGCCGUUUUCUCGGCCCAUUGCUUUAUUUUCUUCUCUCUCGUAUCCUUUUCUUUCGAGGCCAGGAUAUUUAAAGCUUAGUCUAUCAUUAUUGUUGUCGUCGAGCCCUGAGCUCACUCUUGCUGUUCGCAUGCCGACAUACAUCCUAAGGGAGCGAAUCAUAACAAAUGACCAGGGGUUCCUUAGGGAAAAGCACCCUCCUCAGAAUCGUGGCUGUUCCUAAUAGUGUUGUUUUCUGUAGCACUCCACUCCUAACCUUAAACCUCAUCACAACAGCAGGUGCCACGUCCACGUUGUUUACAUCACUAGGGAGCUUAAGCAAAGACAACCACGACGGCAGUGAAAACAUCGCCUGUAGAAUCAAAACAUGCGAGCUCUUAAAUUAGAUUAGUCUCAGGCAGGUGUUUCCUAUAGGAUUUCAUCCAGAAGUAGUUUUUGAUUGACACGUCUCAAUAAUGGAUUUUUAGAAAAAUGCUUUUUAACUCAGUCCAAGACAGAUCUCUCUCUCAGAUCAGAUCAUAUGUCAUGUGCUUCGAAAGUUUUCUGUCAGCUUACCAGGGAUUCUCACUUUUAUUAAAGGAUUUAAUUCACGGAUGUUGGUCUUGGAAUUUUAACGACUUUAUGCAGGUUCAAAAAGAAAAAGGAAAAUUCGUCGUCGUAUGUUCCUGUCCUCCAAAAAACAUGACAAAAUGUCGCAUUGGGAGGUUUCACUUCGUAGUUGUGCGGUGGACGUUAAAGAAAUGCACGUGCCCACCAGAGCUUAAUAAUCCCUUCUCGACUCAUUUGUGCUAUUCUCAAUAGAAUAAAUAUGCGCUAUAAAGUGGAGAAUAAUACUGUCGGGCUGACUGAUUGCUUUUUACGAGAAUUAAGAAUAAGAUAACAGCAAUAAUGAUAAAAUUUAUUUUUAUUGAUAUUAUUAUUGUUAUUAUUAUUAUUAUUAUUAUUAUUAUUAUUAUUAUUAUUAUUAUUAUUAUUAUUUUUAUUCGAUUCAAUGUCAAAAUAGGCCAUUUUUAGUGAGACUGCAUCUAAGUAUUGUACUGUACCCAUACGAUUAUGCAGAAAGCGAGAUUCGAGAAGGGGGCAGUUUGAUCCCUUCCCCUAUUCCCCUCUUGAUAGGGCGCGUCCAUUACUCCUUCCCUAAAUCGAACCCUUGGCACAACGUCAUGUAAUCACAAGUUGUUGGUGUCUUUUCUUUUUGCCUACGUUUUUCUUCAAAAUUCUAACGCGCUGAGAGUAGAUUCAAUGUCGCUAUUUCAUUUAUAAGUUAUGAUACCCUUUUCACUAGAAGUUAACAAAACAGAAAGUUUGAUCAGUUUCUCCUGGGCAUUAAUGAAUAAACUUCUCCUGAGCUCUCCCGAGCAGUACAGUGUGAAGUGGGUAUUGGACAACUGUCUUCUGUUGUCUUCACUCUGGUGUGUCUUUGUAGCGCGCCAUCCUUCAACUCUUCUAACCUGUUACGCUAAUCAGAAGAAAAGAAAAAAAACAUUACGGUAGCACAGUUGAACCUCUUUACGACGGCCACCUUGGGGACAGAAGAAAGUGGCCAUUGUAGAAAGAUUUAGAGAACAGUCAAUGUAUGGACUGUCCGCAAAACAAUUGGCCUUUGUAGGGAGGUGGCCGUUUGUAGAGGCUUUCCUUUUUUUCCAAGAUGAAACAAUAACAACAGUUUCCAUUAAUGAGGAAGAUGCUAAACUUUGGCUUUUGCCGUUGUCGUUCAGAUUACAAGAAUUUGCAGAUUGUUUGGUGAGAGCGCUUUCUAGAUUCUUGGAUUUGUUAUAUAUAUCGUUGAUUUUAUAGAGCCUUUCCACAUGACGUCACGUCCCUUGUUGGUGUCCCACGUUGUCCCAUAUUGGUGUCUCAAAACACUGAAACGGCGGUCAUGUCGGUUUCACAAAGAAAUUCUGUGGAAUUGAGCUCUAUUGUUACUUGCUCUGCUAUGCAGGAAGGAGAAACCUUUCGUUGAGUGUAGAUUUCAAUUUGCCGUUACUUUAUAUAUUCAAUUAGCAUUUGGGACUGCAUGCCUAUUACACCUUUAUCUCCCGCGAAAAUUGAAGACAUCAUUUUUCCAUCAAAAAAAUGGAAUAAAAGGACUUAGGUCGGGUUUUAUUUUUACUUAGUUUUCUGUUUAUUCAUGGUACUAGUAAUCGUUAAUAUACAUUAGUGUUGCAGAAUUGCUGCACAAAGAGAAACCUUUUUAGUCAAAAUCCUCAUUGAAAAUUUUAAUUUGCCUUUACUUUACAAUCAUCUGGGGCUGCCUAUUGCUACAGCUUUGCCUCUCGCGUAACUUUAAGACACCUCAGAUUUAGAGAUUUCUUUAUUUUAGCUUAUAGCUUUAUUUUAUUUGUGGUACUAGCAAUUCUUAAUAAACCCUAGUGUUGCAGUAUUACUUAUUUCGUGUAAAGUUAUACAUGGUGCAAUCGAUCGUAAAGGACAAGACAUUUCCCAGGACCCCCUACUGUGUUUGAAAUCGUCCACUGAAUACAUUUCUUUACCGCGUCAUAUGAAAGCCUAAGAUUCAAUAAUUGUUUUCGCAUAAAAGGGGACAUACUGGCAAGGUUUGAUUGAACUUGCCCUAAGAAGCUACAAGGUUAUCCUUAUUUUAUUUAUUACAACCGUUUCAGGUAUUUCCUACUUUUGUUUAAUAUUAGCUAGAGCAACCCUGGGUUGGCGGUAUUGUAUUUCUGGCACUCAUCCUUCCCUCUGCCCCCCAGACACCCUGCUAUGCUUCAUUGACAAACUGUAUGACACAAUUAAAUUUAGUACGACUGGUAUUGAAAAGAUCUUUAGAAGUUUCCGGCGCGGAGCCUAUUUUUAAUUAUGAAUGUCCUCAAGUUUCCAGAAUCUUAAUCUUAAGGUGCAAAUUAACAGAUGAUAUCAAUUCGUGGACCUCUUACGUAGUUUGUUUUACCUACAAACUCACUUUUUUCGCCUUUAAUGUUGUUAAAUCGAGGUGUAGAUUUGUACGUUUGUUCUACAUUACAUAGCAAACCGAGACGCCAUUCAGCGAACUAGCAAAGGGAAUGUUUGUUUUGUGCCUUCUCGCCCCAAGGCAACGCUCUAUAGACCAAACAUCGUAUGGGAGAUGGGCACAUGUAGUAACACUCUUAUUUUGUCUUUAACGAAAGUUGCAAGAUCCUCAGAUACAAGGAUUAUUCCAUUAGUGUGCGUCAAUUACUAUCGCGGCAAACCUCAAAUUAUAAUAAGAAAACAAACACAUUUGCGAUGUGCCAUAAGGCCCUAUUCUCUCUGCAUUUCUUAUGAUGUCGUAAUUAUCGGAAAAAGGACUUUUUUUCUCUUUCUCUAUCUCUCUCGUUUAUUCCUUUAUUACAUCUUAAAAGCGACAGGUAGCGUCUCAGUUUUCCAUCUAUAAUUGAACCCCAACCGAAGCUGGUUUGUUCCCUCUAAGAUACCGCAAGAAUUGGCGCCGUUUCUUGUGGUCUGUCUCUCGGUGUGUCAGGUCAGAUUUAAAUAAUUUUUAGACAAAGAUGAAUUCAAACACUGCAAUUUUAAAGACGGUUGCCCGCGGAGAAAGUUUUAAAAUAGCUCAGCUCGACGAAUUGAAAACAUUGGCAAAUUCAACCAUGUAGCUGUUCCCAAGGUUAUUUGCGUCGCCUUUCUUUCAAGCGGUACACUAAUUAGUUUUUUCAUGGCACCCCACAAAGUAUUUCUAAAGGUAUACACUGCAACGAAAAUUACAAAACUUUGCCGCCGGCGAAGCGAGUCAUCAUCACAGCACAUACCUGUUUACAAAUGCAUAAGUGGUAUCAAUGUCCGUUACGGGAAAGCCCUUCCCUGCGGGUGUUAAAAAGUUGACGAGGCAAUAUAACUUCCCUUUAGGAUGAAAUAUAAAAAUAUCUUAGCGCUAAAUUUCUCAGACAUUAUUUCGGCACUCUGGUUUACUCGGGUGUUUCAGAAUGAUGAUUAUGCGAAUUUGCGCAUUGCAGCAUGCGAAACUCUGGAUUUCUUUAUUGUCAGAUUCGUUUAGCUCUGUAGAAUUUUUCUCCUUGUCUGUCUUUUUCACUAGAGAUUAAACAUAUCUUUAAGAUAUUAGCAACGGCAAAGUGCUUCAUGCUGAAAGAAAUUUCAACGUGGUUUCUUCAAUUCUGCUCUUCCCUCGUGUCCCCAAAUUUAUGUAAUUGUUCAACCGAGUUUUAAAAUAUAUUAUUUCGCUAGACCUUGCAUAAUCGUUAGUAACGUCGGACAGCGCAACUGCUACUAUGUUUUGUCGUCAGUAUUUUUACGCGAAGCUUUCCUAAGAAAGAUGAUGUAUUAGUCAACGUUUUUAAUAAAUGAAAGUCUAAGAUCCCUCAUUACGACAUAAGGUGUUGCAUGUAAGUAGAUUUUAAGGUUUAAAGCCUGUACUCCUUAAACCUCUUCACUGCUUCUUGGCUUCGUUUACCUACUCACUGAAGCGUUAGUACUAACCGAGAAGCAUGUUGACCCGGACAAACACCUAUUACGUUAAAUGCUGUAAUAAAGAAAUGACAUUCAAGCGCCAAUUCACUCAUUUUCAAAACUAACCAAAAUAUUUUGUCCGGAGUAACUUUGUUUAUAUUUCUCUAUGAAAACAAUCUCGUUCCAGUAAAGGGAUUCUGCGUCCGGUUCGGAUGAAUUGUACUUUUUGCUAAUUCAAAAUUACUAGGUUUUUGGUUUAAUGGCCGAUUAAUCUAAGCCAUUUUGAUUGUCUGUUUACCUCUUCAGUUUACAUCGCUUGUGUAGAUUAUACUCCCUGUCAUAAUAUUUACAUUUACAUUAUAUCCGCGGAAGCCCGAUGUUGACCUGUGUGCAGUUGAUCAAUCACAAUAAUACACGCAAAUUCCAAAUAAACAGUGUUUUGACAAGUCUGUCUUCUUGACCGUGUUAUUUUGCUAAGUGUUAUCAAAACAAGAUGUUCAAAUUGGAAUAUUAAUUCUGACUGCCUUUACAAAUGUCGUAGUUACGCUACCGCAACGUAAAUGCGAUUUAGUGACGAAGUCUACCAUACGGUGGAAAUAUUAACCGUUUAUUCUGCAUGAGAAUUGUCUGGUGUGUUUCGCUCUAGUAGUUUUUGGAGAAUAGUCUAGGUUUCGGAAGGCGGCAUUUUUUCCCACAAUAAUCGCCCCAUUACGACAUUACAAGCAGCCGUUUUGGCGAUGAAAUUUUUGACGCUUGCGGAUCAACUCAACAUGACACUAAAGCGUCGGUAAUACAGACAACCAAAACGUGCACUUUGUUUUCAACAUUGCUGCAAAACGAGUUAAAAGGCCAAGUUACGCGUGUUACUUCCCUCUUUCAAAGCUGUUAAAAUCUUUAUUUGUUAGAGGACAGGUUUGAUGUGGUUGGUAAAACUCGCAAUAUCGCUAUUCAACUCUUGCAAGACAAGUUGCAUAUUACUAAAAUUAACGACAAUGCAAGCUUAAGGCAAAAGAGGUAGUUUCUGUAGGUGAACACUGAUCACGUACCAUAUAUGUAUGUCUAUGCUCUGAGUAACUAUAUCAUCAUGUUGCACUUAACCUUUGCUCGAUCUGUUUUUGUUUAGUUUUAUCACGAACAAUCAUUUUACAGCCCCUAAUGUAUCAUGUAAAUUGAAGAUUAUAAACUGAAGAGUUUAGUUGGCACUGAGCUUUGAGAUGAAAAUAGUCCAGGCAAAGGCAUGGCAGCUUUUUCCAAACAAGUCAAUCCAAGCAAACGCUACUGCGGUGAUUUCUGUCCUGCAAUUAGUCGAAAGUCAAAUAUUUGUAGUUGACAAUUUAUCGCAAUUCAGGAGAACAGUGGAGGCUCAGCGCAUCCUAGUAUAUCUGCAGUUACACCAGGGUAAAUUGCCUUGUCAAAGUACAGAAGAAUUUUCUAAAAAUCUUAGACCAAAGAUAGAAAUCAAUAUGCUCCCUUAGGUAGUUUUCCAUUCAAACACAUUGAUUUUUUGAAGCAUAUGCUUCUGCAAUCUAUUUCAUUUAUAAGUUAUGAUACCCUUUUCACUAGAAGUUAACAAAACAGAAAGUUUGAUCAGUUUCUCCUGGGCAUUAAUGAAUAAACUUCUCCUGAGCUCUCCCGAGCAGUACAGUGUGAAGUGGGUAUUGGACAACUGUCUUCUGUUGUCUUCACUCUGGUGUGUCUUUGUAGCGCGCCAUCCUUCAACUCUUCUAACCUGUUACGCUAAUCAGAAGAAAAGAAAAAAAACAUUACGGUAGCACAGUUGAACCUCUUUACGACGGCCACCUUGGGGACAGAAGAAAGUGGCCAUUGUAGAAAGAUUUAGAGAACAGUCAAUGUAUGGACUGUCCGCAAAACAAUUGGCCUUUGUAGGGAGGUGGCCGUUUGUAGAGGCUUUCCUUUUUUUCCAAGAUGAAACAAUAACAACAGUUUCCAUUAAUGAGGAAGAUGCUAAACUUUGGCUUUUGCCGUUGUCGUUCAGAUUACAAGAAUUUGCAGAUUGUUUGGUGAGAGCGCUUUCUAGAUUCUUGGAUUUGUUAUAUAUAUCGUUGAUUUUAUAGAGCCUUUCCACAUGACGUCACGUCCCUUGUUGGUGUCCCACGUUGUCCCAUAUUGGUGUCUCAAAACACUGAAACGGCGGUCAUGUCGGUUUCACAAAGAAAUUCUGUGGAAUUGAGCUCUAUUGUUACUUGCUCUGCUAUGCAGGAAGGAGAAACCUUUCGUUGAGUGUAGAUUUCAAUUUGCCGUUACUUUAUAUAUUCAAUUAGCAUUUGGGACUGCAUGCCUAUUACACCUUUAUCUCCCGCGAAAAUUGAAGACAUCAUUUUUCCAUCAAAAAAAUGGAAUAAAAGGACUUAGGUCGGGUUUUAUUUUUACUUAGUUUUCUGUUUAUUCAUGGUACUAGUAAUCGUUAAUAUACAUUAGUGUUGCAGAAUUGCUGCACAAAGAGAAACCUUUUUAGUCAAAAUCCUCAUUGAAAAUUUUAAUUUGCCUUUACUUUACAAUCAUCUGGGGCUGCCUAUUGCUACAGCUUUGCCUCUCGCGUAACUUUAAGACACCUCAGAUUUAGAGAUUUCUUUAUUUUAGCUUAUAGCUUUAUUUUAUUUGUGGUACUAGCAAUUCUUAAUAAACCCUAGUGUUGCAGUAUUACUUAUUUCGUGUAAAGUUAUACAUGGUGCAAUCGAUCGUAAAGGACAAGACAUUUCCCAGGACCCCCUACUGUGUUUGAAAUCGUCCACUGAAUACAUUUCUUUACCGCGUCAUAUGAAAGCCUAAGAUUCAAUAAUUGUUUUCGCAUAAAAGGGGACAUACUGGCAAGGUUUGAUUGAACUUGCCCUAAGAAGCUACAAGGUUAUCCUUAUUUUAUUUAUUACAACCGUUUCAGGUAUUUCCUACUUUUGUUUAAUAUUAGCUAGAGCAACCCUGGGUUGGCGGUAUUGUAUUUCUGGCACUCAUCCUUCCCUCUGCCCCCCAGACACCCUGCUAUGCUUCAUUGACAAACUGUAUGACACAAUUAAAUUUAGUACGACUGGUAUUGAAAAGAUCUUUAGAAGUUUCCGGCGCGGAGCCUAUUUUUAAUUAUGAAUGUCCUCAAGUUUCCAGAAUCUUAAUCUUAAGGUGCAAAUUAACAGAUGAUAUCAAUUCGUGGACCUCUUACGUAGUUUGUUUUACCUACAAACUCACUUUUUUCGCCUUUAAUGUUGUUAAAUCGAGGUGUAGAUUUGUACGUUUGUUCUACAUUACAUAGCAAACCGAGACGCCAUUCAGCGAACUAGCAAAGGGAAUGUUUGUUUUGUGCCUUCUCGCCCCAAGGCAACGCUCUAUAGACCAAACAUCGUAUGGGAGAUGGGCACAUGUAGCAACACUCUUAUUUUGUCUUUAACGAAAGUUGCAAGAUCCUCAGAUACAAGGAUUAUUCCAUUAGUGUGCGUCAAUUACUAUCGCGGCAAACCUCAAAUUAUAAUAAGAAAACAAACACAUUUGCGAUGUGCCAUAAGGCCCUAUUCUCUCUGCAUUUCUUAUGAUGUCGUAAUUAUCGGAAAAAGGACUUUUUUUCUCUUUCUCUAUCUCUCUCGUUUAUUCCUUUAUUACAUCUUAAAAGCGACAGGUAGCGUCUCAGUUUUCCAUCUAUAAUUGAACCCCAACCGAAGCUGGUUUGUUCCCUCUAAGAUACCGCAAGAAUUGGCGCCGUUUCUUGUGGUCUGUCUCUCGGUGUGUCAGGUCAGAUUUAAAUAAUUUUUAGACAAAGAUGAAUUCAAACACUGCAAUUUUAAAGACGGUUGCCCGCGGAGAAAGUUUUAAAAUAGCUCAGCUCGACGAAUUGAAAACAUUGGCAAAUUCAACCAUGUAGCUGUUCCCAAGGUUAUUUGCGUCGCCUUUCUUUCAAGCGGUACACUAAUUAGUUUUUUCAUGGCACCCCACAAAGUAUUUCUAAAGGUAUACACUGCAACGAAAAUUACAAAACUUUGCCGCCGGCGAAGCGAGUCAUCAUCACAGCACAUACCUGUUUACAAAUGCAUAAGUGGUAUCAAUGUCCGUUACGGGAAAGCCCUUCCCUGCGGGUGUUAAAAAGUUGACGAGGCAAUAUAACUUCCCUUUAGGAUGAAAUAUAAAAAUAUCUUAGCGCUAAAUUUCNAAUUGGCGCCGUUUCUUGUGGUCUGUCUCUCGGUGUGUCAGGUCAGAUUUAAAUAAUUUUUAGACAAAGAUGAAUUCAAACACUGCAAUUUUAAAGACGGUUGCCUGCGGAGAAAGUUUUAAAAUAGCUCAGCUCGACGAAUUGAAAACGUUGGCAAAUUCAACCAUGUAGCUGUUCCCAAGGUUAUUUGCGUCGCCUUUCUUUCAAGCGGUACACUAAUUAGUUUUUUCAUGGCACCCCACAAAGUAUUUCUAAAGGUAUACACUGCAACGAAAAUUACAAAACUUUGCCGCCGGCGAAGCGAGUCAUCAUCACAGCACAUACCUGUUUACAAAUGCAUAAGUGGUAUCAAUGUCCGUUACGGGAAAGCCCUUCCCUGCGGGUGUUAAAAAGUUGACGAGGCAAUAUAACUUCCCUUUAGGAUGAAAUAUAAAAAUAUCUUAGCGCUAAAUUUCAUCAGACAUUAUUUCGGCACUCUGGUUUACUCGGGUGUUUCAGAAUGAUGAUUAUGCGAAUUUGCCCAUUGCAGCAUGCGAAACUCUGGAUUUCUUUACUGUCAGAUACGUUUAGCUCUGUGGAAUUUUUCAUCCUUAUCUGUCUUUUUCACUAGAGAUUAAACAUAUCUUUAAGAUAUUAGCAACGGCAAAUUGCUUCAUGCUGAAAGAAAUUUCAACGGGGUGUUUCUUCAAUUCUGCUCUUCCCUCGUGUCCCCAAAUUUAUGUAAUUGUUCAUCCGAGUUUUAAAAUAUAUUAUUUCGCUAGACCUUGCAGAAUUCUUAGUAACGUCGGACAGCGCAACUCCUACUAUGUUUUGUCGUCAGUAUUUUUACGCGAAGCUUUCCUAAGAAAGAUGAUGUAUUAGUCAACGUUUUUAAUAAAUGAAAGUCUAAGAUCCCUCAUUACCACAUAAGCUGUUGCAUGUAAGUAGAUUUUAAGGUUUAAAGCCUUUACUCCUUAAACCUCUUCACUGCUUCUUGGCUUCGUUUACCUACUCACUGAAGCGUUAGUACUAACCGAAACGCAUGUUGACCCGGACAAACACCUAUUACGUUAAAUGCUGUAAUAAAGAAAUGACAUUCAAGCGCCAAUUCACUCAUUUUCAAAACUACCCAAAAUAUUUUGCCCGGAGUAACUUUGUUUAUAUUUCUCUAUGUAAACAAUCUCGUUCCAGUUAAGGGGUUCUGCGUCCGGUGCGGAUGAAUUGUACUUUUUGCUAAUUCAAAAUUACUAGGUUUUUGGUUUAAUGGCCGAUUAAUCUAGCCAUUUUGAUUGUCUGUUUACCUCUUCAGUUGACAUCGCUGGUGUAGAUUAUACUCCCUGUCAUAAUAUUUACAUUGAGAAUAUAUCCGCGGAAGCCCGAUGUUGACCUGUAUGCAGUUGAUCAAUCACAAUAAUACACGCAAAUUCCAAAUAAACAGUGUUUUGACAAGUCUGUCUUCUUGACCGUGUUAUUUUGCUAAGUGUUAUCAAAACAAGAUGUUCAAAUUAGAAUAUUAAUUCUGACUGCCUUUACAAAUGUCGUAGUUACGCUACCGCAACGUAAAUGCGAUUUAACGACGAAGUCUACCAUACGGUGGGAAUAUUAACCGUUUAUUCUGCAUGAGAAUUGUCUGAUGUGUUUCGUUCUAGUAGUUUUUGGAGAAUAGUCUAGGUUUCGGAAGGCGGCAUUUUCACAUUACAAGCAGCCGUUUUGGCGAUGAAAUUUUUGACGCUUGCGGAUCAACUCAACAUGACACUAAAGCGUCGGUAAUACAGACAACCAAAACGUGCACUUUGUUUUCAACUUACAUUGCUGCAAAACGAGUUAAAAGGCUAAGUUGCGCGUGUUACUUCCCUCUUUCAAAGCUGUUAAAAUCUUUAUUUGUUAGAGGACAGGUUUGAUGUGGUUGGUAAAACUCGCAAUAUCGCUAUUCAACUCUUGCAAGACAAGUUGCAUGCUUUUUGUUGCCAAUUCUAUCGUACCUUUAGAAAACUUACUGCUGAAAAAUACUCCGAUUUUGAGGAUCAUUACCCACUUAAUCUACAUCUACCUAACACAAAUAGCUCAUUGCUGCCUGCAUUGCGGCGCUACGUACACGCCGGUACGUACACCUUCACUUACACAGUCAAGCCCUGCUUUACGAACACCCGCUUAAUACGGACACCCCGUUGAUACAAACACUUUGUAUGACCCCCUCAGUGUCCGUAUAAACGGCUUUUGACUGUAUCUCAUUACUCUUUGGGCGUUUUUCUGUCUCCCACAUUAACAAAGCAAAACAUUCCUGAUCAGGAUGGUUGGUUUAAUACCGAAUACAGCUGGCCCCACGCUAUUAUAGAACGUACAAUGUAGGUGGGGAAGUUAAAAUGACCAACUUCUUCAGGAUAAAACGGGAUAGAAAGAAUUAUUUACCGAUGAAUAUAUAUUGGGGAGGCAUAUUUAAUAUUACUAAAAUUAACGACAAUGCAAGCUUAAGGAAAAGAGGUAGUUUCUGUAGGUGAACACUGAUCACGUACCAUAUAUGUAUGUCUAUGCUCUGAGUAACUAUAUCAUCAUGUUGUACUUAACCUUUGCUCGAUCUGUUUUUGUUUAGUUUUAUCACGAACAAUCAUUUUACAGCCCCUAAUGUACCAUGUAAAUUGAAGAUUAUAAACUGAAGAGUUUAGAUGGCACUGAGCUUUGAGAUGAAAAUAGUCCAGGCAAAGGCAUGGCAGCUUUUUCCAAACAAGUCAAUCCAAGCAAACGCUACUGCGAUGAUUUCUGUCCUGCAAUUAGUCGAAAGUCAAAUAUUUGUAGUUGACAAUUUAUCGCAAUUCAGGAGAACAGUGGAGGCUCAGCGCAUCCUAGUAUAUCUGCAGUUACAACAGGGUAAAUUGCCUUGUCAAAGUACAGAAGAAUUUUCUAAAAAUCUUAGACCAAAGAUAGAAAUCAAUAUGCUCCCUUAGGUAGUUUUCCAUUCAAACACAUUGAUUUUUUGAAGCAUAUGCUUCUGCAAUUUCGCACCCAGUGCGGCAUGAAAGGUGUUUGGGUUACUUAAAACAAAUAGUAGCAACUUGAAAGACAUGUUUACAUCUUGCUAUUUUGUGUACAUUUGGGAAAAGAUUCAAAUUAAUGUUCCAAUAAUUUGAUAAAACAGUACAACUUGAAGCUUCCUACCUUCAGAACAAAUGAGUUUAAGGUAUCACAUUGGCCUCUAUGGCAGUUUUCCUCAGGAGCUUUUAUCAAGUACGCCACUGACGUCGUUCAGGAUGUAUUUUUGCAGCAUUUUGGCGAAACCUCGCCCAAGUGCUUUCUUCACAACCUUUCAUGGGCUAUAAUUCCCUAUUUUCACAUGCACUAUAUUGAAACUUUCAUCUGAACUCUUCAAGAAGACACACUUUCAACCAGGUACAAAAGACAAGUUUAUCGUCGUUAUUUGUAUGUAUUAAUAUAUAACUUUAGAUCGGCACUGGACAGAUCAGGUGCCUUUGGAACGUGAAAUACGGUCAAAUACAAGCUAUUAAGCAGUAAUUUCUAAUAUCUAACGCAAUUUGUAAUGAUUGUGAUAUAGUGCAAUGAACUAUUUUCGAAACAAUCUGUUCCAAAACAAGCUAGAUGUACCAUAUAAAAUAACUGUGCAGAAAGACUUGAUUUAGAAACACGGGUGUCACAGUAGAUAAAGCCUGUCAGUAUUAACCAGGGGAAGGGGCUUUGUGAAGGUUGUGAUUGCCACAAGAGCAGGGGUUUGUAAUGCUAUCUUUGUGAUUUAUCUUCAUAUUCCCGCGCUUAUCUCAAUGAAAUUGUCCGUUAUUCACCUUGACUUUGCUGUUAACGUCUUUACUCCCUGCAGUGCGCAAAUUGAAGAAAAAAAAUCUAAAAAUUUAUUUUAAUUCAUUUUAGUUUUUAAGGGUAAAAAAGAAAGUAUACAGGUAGUUCGUUUUCCAAAGGGUUUCUUACAGCUUUCGUUUAGGGAGUUUCAUCCGUAUCAGUCUUCAAUCCGUGAGUUUGAAAUAAAAAAAAGUACUACCCACAGGGUUUGGUUGUAGAAUUGAAAGAGAGUUUUCUCUUGUUUUUAGAACGGAGCACAGCUGCAACUCCUAGCGAAAUAUACAAGUGUAAGAGUCGUCUUCUACGAUCAGAAUUACAAGAAUACCGAAUUGUUUAGGUGAUAACUUUUUUGCUGUAAUGUGGUUUGCGUAGUUAUUAAUUAAGCUGUUUUUUUUUGUUUGUUUUUUUUUGCAUAAAAGAAUUCAUCUAUCUCUCUGACGAUGUUGAGUACCAACAAAUUAAUAGCAACACUUUAGAAUAAUUCUGCUACGGUAAAGAAGAUUUUUUAAGCGUAUACGAAACUGUUUUCAAAAAAAACUUUUUUUAUCAUAAAGCAACCGUUAACAUGUCCUGCUUACACCGGAAGAGUAACAAACAACUCCUAUAACCUCAACAAUCAAUAUGUUACUUCAAGCCAAAAAGUUUGAAGUAUUUCAUGGUUUUCCCGCGUUAAAUUGCCUGCUUUUCCAUCCCUCCCUUCAAAGUUGCUAUCGAUUAAAAAUAGCCACGUUCAUAAAAUGCCAUAAUUGAAGUUGGGCGAACGUACCACAAGGAGUUGAAUUUCUCGCUCUUGUUUCAAGUGUAAGAACCGUACAUGCCUGUAUCUUGUUUGGAUCUAACGCUCUACUAGAAACAAGGCGUACUUUAACACUAAGCUUUGUUUUUAAGGCAAUUCUACAAUUUGAGGUAAUACUUUCCACCUGCAGAGCUGCUGGUGUAUUUGAUGCGGUUCUACUCUAGAUAUUCAGGUCUUUGAAGUGACCCAAGGGUGUUACCGCAGAAACAACGUCUCAGAAUGAUUUUUGCUUUGGCCUUCUAAAUUUCAUCCGUUUAAAACCUUCUCUGGUGCCUUUUAAGUCCCGAAAGGCUUUCUUUAAAUUUGUUCGCUUUGAAUAGCAGUAAGAGGAAAAUUACCGAGAAAAUGAAAUUAUUGCCCAGCCUCUUGUAGGAAUUGACGAUAUUUAAAAGUCGUCCCUAUGUAACUUCACUUUUAUGUUCACUCGACAGUCUUGCUCCCCCAAUAAUACAAAAAUCUUGUUUUAUUAUAGUUGUCUUGUUUUCUUGUGGCACGUUCCAAUGAAAGCACGCACCUUUUGCAAGCAAAAGUGAAUCUAUCGUUUGGUGAAUAGCCAACAGUUUUAGACAAACCCUUCGCCAUUAAGUGUUUGUCAAGUUGAGAAAGCGAGAAAUACUCGUUGCGCGAAAUGUCUUUUUAUUUGUAGGAAAAUUUCGUAAGGUAAAGUAAAUUCACUUAGUCUUUAUAUAGCGAUAUUUACUCUUGGAAAAUGUUUAAAAAGUGGCUAUUAUAUUUUUCGUUCUACGACAAUGUCUUAUUCUCUUCAUUUAGAUGCACCUUACGGUUAAUUUUGAAUUGUUUUAAUUUUAAUGUUUGUCCGUUAUACCGUUUCAAAUUAAAUAAAAUUAUUGAAUAAGAGCAUUGUUAAAACGACUCUUGUCGAUACUCCCUCCAGUUUAACUCGGAAACUCCUGUAAGAGGCGAAUUGAGUGUCGCGGCAGAAUUGUAACAAAAUUCUACAAAAAAAAACUGAAAAUUACAUUAUAAUAAGGUAGUGCUUUUUCUUGUUCAGAGUUACUUAACUAUUACCAAAAGCUGGUAUGCUAUGAAAACGAUAUGGUUAUCUGACAUAAACUCCAGUAAAAUCACAGAGUGUUGACUGCUUAACCUCAUAAUUUCUUGUUGUCUCAAUAGCUCACGCCACUCUUUGUUGUAGGUUCGACGAAAUGUGUUUGGACCUUACUAAAUUCAGUCUUCGGCAAAAGGGAAGGCCAUGAGUCCGUUCAUUUAAGCAGACGAUCCGCACUUUUCCUUUUUCUUCAAAAGCGCCGGCGGACUGUUUUGACAUUUUCUGUCCUCUUAAAUAAAAUAAACAGUUGCAUGUAUCAUAAUACUAGGUAUUCGUAACUCCAUUUGAGAUGUAUUCAUUCUAUUAGUUCACACUUUUUGGGGUCGUCCGGAGUGCCUAUAAUGUAUUUUGGCAGUCAGUAUUUUCGGCGAUAAAAUGAGCUAAAUGUUUCAAGCUAACCUCAUUUAAUUUUUUUUUUCCUUUUUUUUAAGUAAAGUUAUGCUUAUAGGUAGGACAUCUUUAAAAAAUCAUCGAAGUUUGUUUUGGAGCUAAUUCACCACACCAAGUUGUCUCUCUUAAUCACAACUGUUGACACAUAUUGUGUAAAUCAAGCUGUGUAAUGAAAACAUUGUAAUAUUAUUGAUGGUUUGAAAUCAUUUUUUACACUUUUCUCGAUAAAUCCAGUGAAGAAAAAAACUCAAAAUACAACUUGUAGUAAUAUUCUUUUAUGUUUCAUUGCUGGCAAAAUUCGAUCAAAUGACAUUUGAGAGUAUACAUCUCAAUAUACCUCGCCAUGGACCAUCUUCUUGUUACAGUCAAGUAAAGUUUAACCCAUUAAAGCUCUUAGGGUAAACACUGUUAGAUCCUUUACUCACUUGAGCUGUUGAACAUGUUUGGUUAACAACGUGGACUAACAUGUGCUGAUUGUGAAAAAGGAGGAAAUGUUACUGAGUCAGUUGUCUUGAGGCCGAGAGCAGAGUCGACCGUUUCUGUUGAUUCUCUUUGGGAUCUUAAGCAACGACGAUGGCGACGUCAACAAGAACGGCAAAAGGAAUAGGUUUAGAUUGGCAAAACAACAACUCUGCACGUGUAUCACGUUUUUUUGUACAUUUCUUUGCCGUCAUUGCACGACUACGACGUGAAAAUGCCAAUUUUCACGUUUUGUGGAGGACGGUGAAAACGAAACAACGAGUUUCUUUUUCUUUUGCUGACCUUCAAUAAAGUCUUUUAGAAUUCAACUCCAGAAAAAAUUGCCAACAUUUGACGAAUUGAACAAGAUGAAAUAAGCGCGAUGAAGUUUGAAGUAGCGCGACCUCACUUUUUAAUUAACGUUUUUGUAGCUGUCGCCGUAGUUGUUGCUUAAGCUCCUUUUUAGCCAACCAGGGAAACUUCUCCCCAAGGCGCUUUGUUCACGGCCGUUGUAGCGUUGAGAAUUUGCACCGUGUCGGUAAAAUCUAAAUCUAUGAAAUUAAACAACGUAAUACCAUGCAAAAAAUUUAUUUUCAUAAUUUUAACAGCUUUUCGCGGUCAUUGUAUAUGAUGAUAGACCCCUGCGUUUUCAAAGGAGGUUUUAAGGAUUUGUAAAACUCGCUGAAUUAAGUGUUUCACUUGGAGACUUGACGAUGCUUCGAAACGAUGAAACUGCUUGCAAAUUAUUUUUUAAUUUACGUGGUAAAUACUUUUAAUUAAAUCGAGGUAACCGUUCUCCUGAACAAACUUUGAUUAUAUAGUAUGUAUUUUAAGCCUAAGAUCUCUUUGUCUUUAAGUCGUUUUACGUUUCUUAGCAUACAAAGCUGUCAUCUAAAGGAGAAAGGUAAUCGAUCAUUCAGGUAUGGAACGUGCUGUGAAGAAAGCCACAAACAACGAAAAAUCGAUCCUGGUUUAAUCACAAUGCAGCCUCCCAUGGAAUCAUAAGUCAUCGGCAUUUUGCCUGCAAAAUUGUCGAGAGCCUUGAAAACUGUGAUUCCUUAAGCGCCAAAUUGUAGAAAACAAGUACUGUUCAAGGCCUGAAUUUUUAGAAGUUAUUUCCAUGAUCGUGAUAAUUAUUCUGUAAGAAAAACUCGUGUGGUUUAAUUCGUGAAGGGCAUAGACAUUUAUCAGGACGAACGUAAAACUGCCCAUAUAACCUUCUUCUUAUUAUUUCAUCUCCGCCCUUUGACUUCCUACGACCGCACAAAUUCACUUACUCAGGUUUUCGUAGAGCAGUAUGCACAGGAUUUGAAUAACCUUAGCAAAUUGUCUCAGGAAUUUUUCGUCCCGAGUGGUGCAUUGUCUUCAAAGCAGCUAACUGUCUUGUGUAACUUUUACAACUAACAUUUUUAGAAUUUGACUUUUGUAAUUUAUAGUUAUUGCAUGUUUGUUUCAGCUAGAUAAAACAGCUAAAUGUGACGUAAAGUAAUGCCUCCUCUUGCUAACUUAGAAACGAUUUAAAAUAACCUCGGUACCCCACGAACAAAAUUUACAAACAUGUGCCAUAAUCAGACCGAUUACGUUGUUCGCGUUUCGCACAUCCCAGUUCUUAGUGUGAAUGGAGGUGAACAUGAGUAAGUUUUGCAGCUCAGAGUUUCUCUAUGUUUGUUCUUGUACCACAGCGUAAAUUGCUUUACUCGUGCAUUAGAAACUGGGCAAACUAUCGUGAUUUAGGGUGCCCCUCAACUCUUUAUAUCUUUGUGUUAUUAUUUAUUUCGAAAACAUGGUUCAACGAAAAAUGACCGAUUAAAAAAUCGAGUCUCUGCUCUUGGUUUCUAAGAACCAUAAAUUAACUGCUCACGUCUUAAAUGUCUUGAAAACCAAUUGCCACAAUUUCAAAAGUGUCUUUGGACGUUCCAAAUUAGUAGUGUCCUCGUUUACACUGAUUUCAUUCCACUGCGGACAUUUCUCUGCGGGUAGGCCCAAACAGAGCACUGGCCACGAUUUGCAAUGACAAUUUAACAUCGAUUUCGCUGAUCUUGUAAACCUAGGAAAGGCUUGUCUCAUCUUAAAUUCGGUCAGAAGUUAAGUGGAAGACUACACCAAUGAUUAGAAGAGUCAGUUCAGUCUUACCGAUGCCAGUUUAUCCUUGAUUUUAGAUUGCUUACCUGUAAGAGCUACUUGAAUUUUUUAAAGUACUUUUAAAAGUACGUAUGAAGCUAAGAGCGAAUCGCGAGAUAGCCUAAUGUCAUCGCUAAGCAAUCUUCCUUUAGUUCUGCUUAACCUUACAACUUAGCUGGAUGGACGAUUACUUUCUUAGCUUAAGGUACACUCAAGUGAUCCUCCUACCUUAUAAAUGCACCGACUUGAGACGAACUGUGGAACCCUUUGACGAGAACCAUUGACUUCGCAAAGUUUAAGUGCAUAUCCUGCAAUGCAUUGUAAUGGGAAGACCUCGAGUCGGGCGUUACAUUUUAUGUGCAAAACAUCCCAACUAUUCUAACACCAACACACCUGGACCAGAACAAGCUAUUAUUCUGUUCAAGUUUACUUCAAAACAGAACACAGCAUGACCCAAGCUUGCCAUCGGAUGACUUUAUUGUUUAAUGAUCGAUUGAUUUAUUACGGGUGCCGCAUGUUUUACAUUGCUUUACGAGCUACUGCCUGUGUUUUGUUUUUAAGUGGUCUGUAAGCUUAUUCUUAAAAUCUCAAAUGAUACUCUCUUGUCUUCUCAACGAAACCGCGACUGGUUUCAUGCCGUGGUCUAGUUGUCUUAUGAGUAUUCCGUGGAAAUCACCCUGUAUGAAAAGCUUUCUUGACAGACGCUAUGAAUGGUUGUUCUGUAUUUAAUGUGGGGCAGUGUUAUAACAUGUUUUACGUUAUCAAUCACGCUUUGCGCGGCCCUUCAGUCAGGAACAAUAGCUUCUUUGAAGAAAGAAUCGCAUUGACGAUAUUAGGAAUCUAGAGUACGAGGCGUACAUUUUGCUGCACAGCGCACAGGCAACUUGACCUUUGUACGAAUUUGUACCUUUGUAGGGAAGAGUAGAAACAUCUAUGUAGUGACAAGGCAACACUGCUUCACUUUGCGUGUACGGCGUUUGCUAAAAAGAAGCUAAAUGAUCGAGGCUUACAUCUUAUUUUACAUUAG